AUGGUCUAUUCGCAGUGGGUUGUUAUCAAGAUUUCGAACUUGUGCAGAGGUACUAUCUCGAUUGCCAAUGCAAAGGUUGACUAUGGCAAAUUCCACAAGAUUGAAGACAAAGAUGCAGAGCUAUCCCCAGAGGACAUCAACAGUAUUGUUCUCAAGCCAAAUGACGAAGCCAACGUUUGUGCGUGCGGUAGGGCCAAUAUUCAUUACGGCACGGAAGGAAGCUUCGAGUUGUUCGAUGGAGCGGACAAAGUCUGCAGGAUCUAUUUCGAUGACCCGUACAACUCUAGCAUCAACAAUUUCCAAAUCUUCGAAAAGAACAGUCGGUAUGCCAUUGACGUGAGUUCAUGGAGCCGCGAAGGUGCUUUGGGGAAUGUUAGUGUCGAGGUUCUGAAAAAGUGA